AUGGAGAUCACGGCUUCCACCCUUCUGCUGCUUAUGGCUAGCGUGCUGGUCCAUGUCCUGCCUACGAUCUGCGCGACGGUAGGUGGCUUCAGCCUCCCACUGGUCGCCAACCACGGCGGGGGCACGUACCGGGUGGACAAUGACGGCGUCGUGGUCGUGAACACCACGAACUUCCACCACCGUUCCUCCGUGACGGGCCCCCUGGAGUAUAUGUACGGCGUGGCUGUGGGCGUCGGCACGGGCCAUGGCAAGGGUGCCUACUUCCUCGUGCUGGACACGGCCAGCAGCCUGACGUGGAUGCGGUGCCUGCACUGCUUGCCGGAGCAAUCACAAUACGGCUCGGUGUUCGACCCUGGCCACUCGGGCAGUUACCGCCCUCUCCAAUCGACGAGCCCCCUGUGCCGGCCUCCCAACCCGGUCCACCCCGCCGGCCACAAGUGUUCCUUCCACCUCCCACACGGGUUCGUCGGCGUCGACACCAUCAUUCUGGGUAAUCCGACUUUGCCUAUCCACGGCAUCGCCUUCGGGUGCGCGCAGGCCACCGAGGCGUUCCACACCAAAGGCACAUUCGCAGGCACACUGGGCAUGGGUCGGCUGCCUACGUCCCUCAUCAUGCAAAUCAAAGACUGUGUCGCCUGGCGCUUCUCUUACUGUCUGAUCGGCCAAGGUCACAGCCAGGACCGGCACGGCUUCAUUCGCUUCGGCGCCGACAUCCCGGAGCCCCUACCUCUAGGCCACCAUCGCAUCAAGAUCCUUCCUACGCCACCACACCUCCCACAUGGCGUCGCCGACUCGGCUUACUACGUGAAGCUUCUGGGCGUGAGCCUCAAUGGGUCCCCGAUCCCGGGCAUCCACCAGAAUAUGUUCGAGCGGCGACACGACGGGUCAGGCGGAUGCUUCGUGGACAUCGGCAUACAGGUGACCCAUCUGGUGUGGGCCGCAUACACGCUCGUCGAGAAUGCGGUGGCCGGUGUGCUGCAGCAGUGGGGGUACGAGCGCGUGCAUGACCACAACUUCCGCCUGUGUUUCCGGCAGAAGCCCGCGAUCUGGUCACGUAUCCCAAGGCUGACGCUCGACUUUGAGGGUCCGACUACUCGGCACGGGGAGCGCACACGCGCACACCUUGAAAUCCGCUCACGGGGCCUCUUCUUCAAUGUUGACAACGAGCAGUUGUUGUGCUUUGGCGUGUACCCCACAACCAUGGGCCAUACGACGGUCAUCGGAGCUAUGCAGCAGGUGGAUACGCGAUUUAUUUUUUACCUCAGGGCCAACACCAUCACCAUCCACCCGGAGAGCUGUGAGGAUGACACCGUGCCCACCCCGUCCGAGUGGUGA